AUGGCUGAAGCGGUUGAAGAAGUCGGAGAGCUUGCUGCUGGACGUCAAUAUGUGUACGAAUAUGACAGCAUGGUUCACACACAACAUGACCAAAAUAUAAUCUAUCAGCUGUAUCAACCUUUGGAAACCAAUAACGGCACCUUCAUCUGUCGGAUUUGUUUGGAGCUAGGAGAAACUGUUGAGUUUAUGAACAAGGCUUCGUAUACUCAUCAUCGUUACAAAAUCCAUGGCUCUUACAACAACAAUCACGUCUGUCCUGUUCUUCAUUGUCGAGAGAUAUAUGCUUCUAUGAGCAUCUUGAGAAAGCAUCUUCUGGUGGAUCACAAACUGCCAGUUGAAAUGCAUCACCGAACGUUUGCCAGUAUUGCGGAAUUCGAGGUGUUUGCUAGUCUUACAUUGGCUGAAUGA